CACCAACUCUCUGCAAUAUGGCGCAGAACGGGCUGCAUGGCCAGCCAAAUGCGUCGCGGCCCUUCGGCAAGAUGCCGACCAUCUGCUUCGUCGACAUGCCUGGUCUGGUGACGAUGGUGGAGCUCUUCCACGGCAAGGACAAGAAGAUCUUUCCCUUCUCAUUCCCCGGCCUGCAAAUACUCCAGACCAAAGGCAACAUCUGGUGCGAAACGCCAAACACACACAACGGAGUACAUUGCUUGGCUCAUGUCCGUGUUUGUUGUGUGUGUUGUGCAGCAUGCCUGUGUUGAAGGGCACCACUGGGGCUGCUGAUGAGCGUCGCGUGCAGCUGUGCCUCGUGUCAUGCGUCAGAGAGGUCAGCUGAUUAAAGAUACACAGUUUGUUGUCAGGAGGGAGGUAUGCGCUGUGUGCUGCCUCCUGCAGGAUUUGGACCAGCUGGUCCGCGAGAAGCCCAUGAUGCGAACCAAACUGGAGGAAUUCGAUGUAACGCACACACACCACACACAACCACCCUCACACCCACCCUUCUCGUGUGUGUCAGUGUGCGACUUUGCCCAAGGCCGUGGAGAGCUCCCGUAUGUUUCAGAUGGAGACCAUAUCUGUGCGGCACAGGCGGCCGGAGGAGGUCCAGCCCGACCUCGUCACACUCACUAAGGACGAAUUCGACCUGGUGAGUAAACAGAGAGGUCGACGCAUGACACACAGGGAGGAGGGCGAGGCCAGGUGUUUGAGUGUGCGGCUUCGAUGUGUUUGUGUGUGUGUGUGUAUCAUCAGACUCAGAGUGACGCGUAUCGGCUGCCGCUGGGCACUGUCACGCUCGUCGAUUUCGUCAUGCUCCUGUACGUAGCUAACAGAAGACAUACACGCGAGCAUAAUCAUGAUGGGCGUUUGGUGUGUUCGCCUUUUGUGUGUGUGCAGGCUCCAGCGUUAUCAGCAGCAGGCCAGCCUGUCGAUCACAUCACACGACUGGUUCGACACACGGGGCAGCGAAAGCCUCUUCUGCCUCCUGCUCACAGGUCACUGCACCCACACACCAUCCACAGCUGCUUUCCCGGCCUUAUUCUCGUGAUGCAUUUCUCUCUCUCUCUCUCUCUCUCUCUCUUUCUCUCUCUCAGGGAGCAGCAAGUUGGCCAGCUUCAUGAGCACUCUGUCGCAGAGCCGCCCGGCAGUGAGGGCCAUUGGCUGUCUGUCUGUCGACCGCUUCAACGAGAAGCUCAACAAGAUGCAUGCUGGCUACCAGGAGGCCAUACUCAAAUCAGCAGACAACACACAGGUGGGUGAGCGUCUGCCUGCAUCUUCUUGCGAUCGCUCGCCAUCUCCCUGUGUGUGUGUGUUUGUGUCAGGCGGCCGGUUCGUCCCCGCCGCUGCUGGACGGGCCUCUCAUCAAGACGAUUGCGCACGAGGCGCUGGCGUUGCAGAGGAGCCUGGCGUCAUCCACCUUAGAUGCCCUGGCGUCGCUGGACUUCCGGCCCUUCGGCACCGACGCACUCCUGAAAUUCACCGAGCCAAGGUCAGCCAGCGGCCACACUGCACUAAGACCAGUCAUUCAGUGCAUUCUUCUGUGUGUCCCCUCUCUUCCAGCCCCCCCGCAGCGGCAGCAGCCGCCGCUUCAGAGGCGCAGCCAGCCGACCAGCCCUCACCAACGAGCGGUGGGGAUGCGAUGAUGCUGAAGACCAUCAAGUACCAACUGAGGGGAGGGGAGGCCCACCACACACACGGGCCGUCACCCCCGCAGCAGCCCGAGGAGCCGCCCCCGGCUGUGCCCCCUGGGUUUGAGGCGUCGGACCGUCCGAGUGGGAAAGAGGCUGAGGCUGAGACUGGGGGUGAGAGUCAUAGUGAGGUGGAGAGGGUCGUGGAGGCCGUCAUGGACAAGGGGGGCGGCGAGGCGGCCAUCAGGGAGCUUGCCACACACACGUCAGUAAGGAUGGGUCGAGAGGGAGCGGGACACCAUCACGUGGAUCGUUCGAUCUGUGCGGUGUGGAAGGAAGUAUGCACGUGUUCGUGUGCUGAUAUGGUGAAUGCAGGGUGUCUGUGCGUCGGCUGUGGCAGGAGGGGCAGACCCGACUGAGUGACGCACGCAAGGCUGUCAACGAUGCUGUAGCCAAACUGGUGAGUGGUGCCCGACUGCAUACCACGGCGACACACCGUUAUCUGUGUGAGUGUGUUCAUGUGGAUGCAGAGCGCGUGUGCGACAUCCCCUGACCCCAGUACCAGUUCAGUCAUUGCAGAAGUGCAGUCCCUGCUAGAGGGCGCCAGCUCGUCCCUCGCCCUGCCUGAGCUGCCCGAGCCGCCAUACUGACUGGGGCAUUGCUAGGCGCCUGUGUCCUUCGGGUGGGUCGAGAGAUGUGGUGGCAGUCUAUCUGUACAGUCAACCCACAAGAUAUGUAACAACGAACCACUGAUCGGUAUUCCUUUUCGUUUUUGCCGCAGUUGUGCCAUCCUCGCCUUCUGCCGUGUGCCGCCACACGUCAGAAGGAGGGCCAGGCCAGCAGCGCUGGCGGAAACGAAAAGGGACAUGUGCACUCAUAUGGGUGCAGAAUUACACUGAUUGAUUGGUUGAGUCGGGACACGACACGUUCAUACUCGAAGCCACCCACGUCUCUUCAAGCCUGUCCAUGC